UUUUCAUCCCUGUAAAUAUAGACCAUUUGAUUUUUCAUCUCUGAGUUUAGUAAUCCUCCCAUUUUGCCCCUGCAAUUACUAAUCAUUUGAAAAUUCGUCCUAAUUAAAAAAAAUUGCUGAGGUGGAGGGUAAUUAGAUACGUGGCAUCUGGCGAAUGGUUUUUUUUCAGGACACGUCAGCAGAAGGGGAGGGCAAUGACAUUUUUGCCCUUAAUGAAUCUGGACUCAUGCGCAAUGACCAUUUUACCCCCUGCCUCCAUCUUUUCUUCCCAAUGAACCAUGAGUUGACCAAAUAUCCAAAGCUCGUGACAACGCUACCGCCGCCGUUUCUCUCCUCUGUCAGUUUAAUCGCACCGAAAUGGAAGUGGAAGUCACCGCUUUGCUCUCUCCCUUCCACGUCAUCACCCAUCAUCAACACAACCACUUCUUCGACGGCGCCGCCUCCGAACUCUCUUCUCGUCGAGCCACAUUUCGUUUUCGAUUCUACAAUGAUGAUGAACGGUGUGUCGUUUCACUUAAAGCAAAAGGGGUUCUAGUCAACGGCGUGCGUCGUGUAGAGGAAGACGAGGAAGAUUUGGAUCCGAAGAUUGGUCGAGAUUCCGUUGAUGAACUGGGGAAGUUGGGUUUUGUGGAUUCGAGGAUUAUGGGGAGAGUGAAGGAGGAAUUUGGGGUGGUGGGUAAAAAUGGGUUUGUGGGAUUAGGGAAGUUUAGGAAUGUGAGGAAUGUUUAUGAAUGGAAAGGUUUGAAAUUGGAAGUUGAUGAAACUGGUUUUGAUUUUGGGACUUUGUUUGAGAUUGAGUGUGAAAGCUCUGAUCCUGAAGAAGCUAAACAGAUUCUGGAGGAGUUUUUGAAGGAGAAUGAAAUUGAUUAUUCAUACUCUGUUGCUUCUAAAUUCUCAAUUUUUCGAUCUGGGAAAUUGCCAUAGUGUGUCAA